CCCGCACCCAGCCCCCAGUGCCAGCCCGGCCGGGCUCUCGGGCUGCUCUGCAGCCCCUCUUCUCUGCCCCCUCCCCCAGUCCUUACUGGAUCCUCCCUCAUCCGGCUCCACAUUGCUAACAACUGCAGAAGCCGGGGGACUCUUGGGCUUGUGGGGCAGUCAGGACACCUCCUGUCCUUCACUCCUUUACUUGGAUGUAUCAUUCCCCCUCUCGCCAGGGUGCUCAGGGGUUGUGUUGGAGCCCCUCGCGACCUUUCUUAGCAGAGCCGACCUGUCCCGGACUCAGCAUAACUAACGAAGCUGCUGCAGAAUGAGAAGAUGGCAGCGCGGCUGCUCGCACCACCAGGCCCCGACAGUUUCAAGCCUUUCACCCCCGAGUCGCUGGCAAACAUCGAGAGGCGCAUCGCCGAGAGCAAGCUCAAGAAACCACCCAAGGCGGAUGGCAGCCACCGGGAGGACGAUGAAGACAGCAAGCCCAAGCCAAACAGUGACCUGGAGGCGGGGAAGAGUUUGCCUUUCAUCUACGGGGACAUCCCGCAAGGCCUGGUUGCGGUUCCCCUGGAGGACUUUGACCCGUACUAUUUGACGCAGAAAACUUUUGUAGUAUUAAACAGAGGGAAAACUCUCUUCAGAUUUAGCGCCACUCCUGCCUUGUACAUUCUAAGUCCUUUUAACCUGAUAAGAAGAAUAGCUAUUAAAAUUUUGAUACAUUCAGUCUUCAGCAUGAUCAUCAUGUGCACCAUCCUGACCAACUGUGUAUUCAUGACUUUUAGUAACCCUCCCGAAUGGUCCAAGAAUGUGGAGUACACAUUCACAGGGAUUUACACAUUUGAAUCACUAGUGAAAAUCAUCGCCAGAGGUUUCUGCAUAGACGGCUUCACCUUCUUACGAGACCCGUGGAACUGGUUAGACUUCAGUGUCAUCAUGAUGGCAUAUGUGACAGAGUUUGUGGACCUGGGCAAUGUCUCAGCGUUGAGAACGUUCAGGGUUCUCCGAGCUUUGAAAACUAUCUCUGUAAUUCCAGGCCUGAAGACAAUCGUGGGCGCCCUCAUCCAGUCUGUGAAGAAGCUGUCAGACGUGAUGAUCCUGACGGUGUUCUGCCUGAGUGUCUUCGCCCUGAUUGGCCUGCAGCUCUUCAUGGGGAACCUUCGAAACAAGUGUGUCGUGUGGCCCAUAAACUUCAACGAGAGCUAUCUCGAGAACGGCACCAGAGGCUUUGACUGGGAAGAGUAUAUCAACAAUAAAACAAACUUUUACAUGGUCCCUGGCAUGCUAGAACCCUUGCUCUGCGGGAACAGUUCUGAUGCCGGGCAAUGCCCAGAGGGGUUCCAGUGCAUGAAAGCGGGAAGAAAUCCCAACUACGGCUACACCAGCUUCGACACCUUCAGCUGGGCCUUCCUGGCACUGUUCCGCCUCAUGACUCAGGACUACUGGGAGAACUUAUACCAGCUGACCUUACGAGCGGCUGGGAAAACGUACAUGAUCUUCUUUGUCCUGGUGAUCUUCGUGGGUUCUUUCUAUCUGGUGAACUUGAUCUUGGCUGUGGUGGCCAUGGCUUACGAAGAGCAGAACCAGGCAACACUGGAGGAGGCAGAGCAGAAAGAGGCCGAGUUCAAGGCGAUGCUGGAGCAGCUCAAGAAGCAGCAGGAGGAGGCGCAGGCUGCUGCAAUGGCCACUUCGGCGGGCACUGUCUCAGAAGAUGCCAUUGAAGAAGAAGGGGAAGAUGGGGUAGGCUCUCCGAGGAGCUCAUCUGAACUGUCUAAACUCAGUUCCAAGAGCGCAAAGGAGCGGCGGAACCGACGGAAGAAGAGGAAGCAGAAGGAGCUCUCUGAAGGGGAGGAGAAGGGGGACCCCGAGAAGGUGUUUAAGUCAGAGUCGGAAGAUGGCAUGAGAAGGAAGGCCUUCCGGCUGCCAGACAAUAGGAUAGGGAGGAAAUUUUCCAUCAUGAAUCAGUCGCUGCUCAGCAUCCCAGGCUCGCCCUUCCUUUCCCGACACAACAGCAAAAGCAGCAUCUUCAGCUUCCGGGGUCCCGGGCGGUUCCGGGACCCCGGUUCGGAGAACGAGUUCGCAGACGACGAGCACAGCACAGUGGAGGAAAGCGAGGGCCGGCGCGACUCGCUCUUCAUCCCGAUCCGCGCCCGCGAGCGCCGCAGCAGCUACAGCGGCUACAGCGGCUACAGCCAGUGCAGCCGCUCGUCGCGCAUCUUCCCCAGCCUGCGGCGCAGCGUGAAGCGCAACAGCACCGUGGACUGCAAUGGCGUGGUGUCGCUCAUCGGGCCUGGCUCGCACAUCGGGCGGCUCCUGCCUGAGGCAACAACUGAGGUGGAGAUUAAGAAGAAAGGCCCUGGAUCGCUCUUAGUCUCCAUGGAACAACUCGCCUCCUACGGACGGAAGGACAGAAUCAACAGUAUAAUGAGCGUUGUCACAAACACACUAGUGGAAGAGCUGGAAGAGUCUCAGAGAAAGUGCCCACCAUGCUGGUAUAAGUUUGCUAAUACUUUCCUCAUCUGGGAGUGUCACCCCUACUGGAUAAAACUGAAGGAGAUUGUGAACCUGAUCGUCAUGGACCCUUUCGUAGACUUAGCCAUCACCAUCUGCAUCGUUCUGAACACACUAUUUAUGGCAAUGGAGCACCAUCCCAUGACGCCACAAUUCGAACAUGUCCUGGCCGUAGGGAACCUGGUGUUCACUGGGAUCUUCACGGCAGAAAUGUUCCUGAAGCUCAUAGCCAUGGAUCCCUACUAUUACUUCCAAGAAGGCUGGAACAUUUUUGACGGAUUUAUCGUCUCCCUCAGUUUAAUGGAGCUGGGCCUUGCAGACGUGGAGGGGCUCUCAGUGCUGCGAUCUUUCCGAUUGCUCCGAGUCUUCAAAUUGGCCAAGUCCUGGCCCACCCUGAACAUGCUGAUCAAGAUCAUCGGGAACUCCGUUGGCGCCCUGGGCAACCUGACCCUGGUGCUGGCCAUCAUCGUCUUCAUCUUCGCCGUGGUGGGGAUGCAGCUCUUUGGAAAGAGCUACAAGGAGUGCGUCUGUAAGAUCAGCCAGGAGUGCAAGCUCCCGCGCUGGCACAUGAACGACUUCUUCCACUCCUUCCUCAUCGUCUUCCGAGUGCUGUGUGGGGAGUGGAUCGAGACCAUGUGGGACUGCAUGGAAGUGGCCGGCCAGGCCAUGUGCCUUAUCGUGUUCAUGAUGGUCAUGGUCAUCGGCAACCUGGUGGUGCUGAACCUAUUUCUGGCCUUGCUUCUGAGCUCCUUCAGCGCAGACAAUCUGGCGGCCACGGAUGACGACGGGGAAAUGAAUAACCUGCAGAUAUCCGUGAUCCGGAUCAAGAAGGGCGUGGCCUGGGCCAAAGUGAAGGUGCACGCCUUCAUGCAGGCACACUUCAAGCAACGGGAGGCUGAUGAAGUGAAACCUUUAGACGAGCUGUAUGAGAAGAAGGCCAACUGCAUCGCCAACCACACCGGCGUGGACAUUCACAGGAACGGCGACUUCCAGAAAAACGGGAACGGCACCACUAGCGGCAUCGGCAGCAGCGUGGAGAAGUACAUCAUCGACGAGGACCACAUGUCCUUCAUUAACAACCCAAACCUGACCGUGCGGGUGCCCAUUGCUGUGGGCGAGUCUGAUUUCGAGAACCUCAACACAGAGGAUGUUAGCAGCGAGUCAGACCCCGAAGGCAGCAAAGACAAAUUGGACGAUACCAGCUCCUCAGAAGGAAGUACCAUCGACAUCAAGCCUGAGGUGGAAGAAGUCCCAGUGGAGCAGCCUGAGGAAUAUUUGGAUCCAGACGCCUGCUUCACUGAGGGUUGUGUCCAGCGGUUCAAGUGCUGCCAGGUCAACAUCGAGGAAGGACUAGGCAAGUCGUGGUGGAUCCUGCGGAAAACCUGCUUCCUCAUUGUGGAGCACAAUUGGUUUGAGACCUUCAUCAUCUUCAUGAUCCUCCUCAGCAGUGGCGCCCUGGCCUUCGAGGACAUCUACAUUGAGCAGAGGAAGACCAUCCGUACCAUCCUGGAGUAUGCGGACAAGGUCUUCACCUACAUCUUCAUCCUGGAGAUGUUGCUCAAAUGGACAGCCUAUGGCUUCGUCAAGUUCUUCACCAAUGCCUGGUGCUGGUUGGACUUCCUCAUUGUGGCUGUCUCUUUAGUCAGCCUUAUAGCUAAUGCCCUGGGCUACUCGGAACUAGGUGCCAUAAAGUCCCUUAGGACCCUAAGAGCUUUGAGACCCUUAAGAGCCUUAUCACGAUUUGAAGGGAUGAGGGUGGUGGUGAACGCCUUGGUGGGCGCCAUCCCCUCCAUCAUGAACGUGCUGCUGGUGUGUCUCAUCUUCUGGCUGAUUUUCAGCAUCAUGGGCGUUAACCUGUUUGCUGGGAAAUACCACUACUGUUUCAACGAGACUUCAGAAAUCCGGUUCGAAAUCGAAGAGGUGAACAAUAAAACCGACUGUGAGAAGCUCAUGGAGGGCAACAACACAGAGAUCCGAUGGAAGAACGUCAAGAUCAACUUCGACAACGUCGGGGCAGGCUACCUGGCCCUUCUUCAAGUGGCAACCUUCAAAGGCUGGAUGGACAUCAUGUAUGCAGCUGUAGAUUCCCGAAAGCCGGACGAGCAGCCUGAUUAUGAGGGCAACAUCUACAUGUACAUCUACUUUGUCAUCUUCAUCAUCUUCGGCUCCUUCUUCACCCUCAACCUGUUCAUCGGUGUCAUCAUCGACAACUUCAAUCAACAGAAGAAAAAGUUUGGAGGUCAGGACAUCUUCAUGACAGAGGAACAGAAGAAGUACUACAAUGCCAUGAAGAAGCUGGGCUCCAAGAAGCCACAGAAGCCCAUCCCCCGACCUUUGAACAAAAUCCAAGGGAUUGUCUUUGAUUUCGUCACGCAACAAGCCUUCGACAUCGUGAUCAUGAUGCUCAUCUGCCUUAACAUGGUGACCAUGAUGGUGGAGACGGACACGCAGAGCAAGCAGAUGGAGAACAUUCUCUACUGGAUUAAUCUGGUCUUCGUCAUCUUCUUCACCUGCGAGUGUGUGCUCAAAAUGUUUGCCUUGAGACACUACUAUUUCACCAUUGGCUGGAACAUCUUUGACUUUGUGGUGGUCAUUCUCUCCAUUGUGGGAAUGUUCCUGGCUGAUAUCAUUGAGAAGUACUUCGUCUCCCCGACCCUAUUCCGUGUCAUCCGAUUGGCCCGCAUCGGGCGCAUCUUGCGUCUGAUCAAGGGCGCCAAAGGGAUCCGCACCCUGCUCUUUGCCUUAAUGAUGUCGCUGCCCGCCCUGUUCAACAUUGGCCUCCUGCUCUUCCUGGUCAUGUUCAUCUUCUCCAUCUUUGGGAUGUCCAACUUCGCGUACGUGAAGCACGAGGCCGGCAUUGAUGACAUGUUCAACUUCGAGACAUUUGGCAACAGCAUGAUCUGCUUAUUCCAGAUCACGACCUCUGCUGGUUGGGACGGCCUACUGCUGCCAAUCCUGAACCGCCCCCCUGACUGCAGCUUGGACAAGGAGCACCCAGGAAGUGGCUUCAAAGGGGACUGCGGGAACCCCUCCGUGGGCAUCUUCUUCUUCGUCAGCUACAUCAUCAUCUCCUUCCUCAUCGUGGUGAACAUGUACAUUGCCAUCAUCCUGGAGAACUUCAGCGUGGCCACAGAGGAAAGCGCCGAUCCUCUGAGCGAGGACGACUUCGAGACUUUCUAUGAGAUCUGGGAGAAGUUUGAUCCUGAUGCCACCCAGUUCAUCGAGUACUGUAAACUGGCCGACUUUGCCGACGCCCUGGAGCAUCCGCUCCGAGUACCCAAGCCCAACACCAUUGAGCUCAUCGCCAUGGACCUGCCCAUGGUGAGCGGAGAUCGAAUCCACUGCUUGGACAUCCUUUUCGCCUUCACCAAGCGAGUCCUGGGAGACAGUGGGGAGUUGGACAUCCUGCGGCAGCAGAUGGAGGAGCGGUUUGUGGCGUCCAAUCCUUCCAAAGUGUCUUACGAGCCUAUCACCACCACUCUGCGGCGCAAGCAGGAGGAGGUGUCUGCAGUGGUCUUGCAGCGUGCCUACAGGGGACACUUGGCUAGGCGGGGCUUCAUCUGCAGAAAGAUCACUUCCAACAAGCUGGAGAAUGGAGGCACCCACCGGGAGAAGAAGGAGAGCACCCCGUCCACAGCCUCCCUCCCCUCUUAUGACAGCGUGACAAAGCCCGACAAGGAGAAGCAGCAGCGGGCAGAGGAAGGCAGGAGGGAAAGAGCCAAGAGGCAAAAAGAAGUCAGGGAGUCCAAGUGCUAGAGGAGGGGGAAAGGGAAGCUUACGCUGGCUGAACACGGGCAAGUGAAAGCUUGUUUACAAACUUCCGAAUCUCACGGACACAGAGCAGCUGCGGAGAUGCUGUACUGGAAGACCUAUACCAAACAUAGUCUGCUUACACGUGACAUGGUUGCAUCCUGAGCGGUGACCUGCUGGGGACAAAGGACCCUGCUCCCUGGACUCACAGAUUUUUUCUAUCGCUUGGGCAGACGUUACUGCAUGUUCCACACUCGGUCAAUGCAACUUAGGAGUAAACUUAACAGGAUACAAACAGAGGCGGCUGCCGGGACCAGCAGAUCGCCGCUGCAGCCAAAUGGAUUCUAUUUUUUUUUCUUUCAUUUUGUUGAUUCUCAGAAGCAGAAAGCAUCACUUUAAAAGUUUGUUUGUUCAUGCAAACAAUAUUUGCAUUCUUACAUUAGUUAAGCUAAGCAGCAAAAAGAAACACACACACAUACAGACACACAAAGACGCACACAGACACACACACACACACAUUCAGCCUAUGUCACUAAUCGUCUGUUUCUUUAACAUAACAGCAUCUUCUCCACGUGGGUGGCACACGGUCUGGAGACGGUGGGGGAACAAUCAGGGUUUCAGGCUGAGGAGGACUUGCUCAGGCCAAUUCCAAAUCUUGUGCUCGUUCAAUGCGUAGAAAUGACUUGCAUGAUGGCAUGCUGUGUUCAGAAGUCAUGCAUGAGAUCCAUACACCAACAGACACUAGCAAUCCUGUCCCUCGCAUUGGCUCAGCCUUCGGACAGGACCCAGCCCUGCACCGUUCACUGUAUUUGGAGAAAUGGUAAGAGUUCCAUACCGGCUGCAAUCCUCUCAGUGUACGAGUCUUUCAUACACCUCUGGGUAGGGAGACACAAUUAACCAAUUGACCACUACCAACAAAAACGACCCAACCAAACAAGCAGAUGGAUCCGCUGCAUAUACAUGUUUGACAGACAUCUCUGACAUACAGCCAUUGUCGCACAUUUUGCUGCUCUGUCCAAUACAUGGGGAGACUCUGGCCCCGAAUGGCUUGUACUAUUAAUGUCACUGUAAAACCAAAUCCUAGGGCUAAAAAAAAAAAAAAAAAAGAAAAGAAAAAAAAGAAAAAAAAAGAAAA